AUGACCCUUCCCAAUAAGCCCCGCGGCACCCAAGAUAUUUAUCCCCCUCGUUCUCUUUUAUAUCAAAAAAUUCACCAAAUCAUUACCAAAAUAUUACAAAAAAAUAAUUAUCAACCAAUAAUUUUUCCUACUUUUGAAUAUCAAGAAUUAUUUACUACUUCUUUGGGUUCCACUACCGAUAUUAUUCAUAAAGAAAUGUAUGCUUUCCCUGACCGAAAAGGACGAGAAUUAGCCUUGCGACCCGAGGGAACUGCCAGCACGGUUCGCUUAGUUUGCGAGAAUAAACUAGUUAAAGAAGGAGUGGAAUUAAUUAACGGGCCAGGAAUUAUGGCUGAUUAUCAAAUUUUAAAACUAGUUGCGGAUAUUUUAAAUAAUAAAGAUUAUGUCGAGGAAUUGAAUAAAUUUUUAGAUAAAUUUUCCUUACCUUACCAAUAUAAUUAUGGUUUAGUUCGCGGCUUAGAUUAUUAUACCGGCUUGGUUUUUGAAGUUAGUUUCGCCGGAGAAAAGUCUUUAUUAGGUGGGGGUCGUUAUGAUAAACUUUACCAAGAAGUAGGAAAUAUAAAAGUUCCGGCAGUUGGUUUUGCGGUCGGAAUUGAGCGAUUAUUAGAUUAUUUAGCAAAAUUAGAAAAAUAUCCGUUAAUAAUAGAAUAUAAUUUAGAAGUUAGAAAAAUAAAAUCUCUUCCCAAAAUUAUUGACUACUAUCAACCGAAAAUAUUAGUAAUAGCGGGAGAAAAAGAACUAAAUAGCCAAGAAUUACUGAUAAAAGAUUGGCAAAAAAAGCAAAGUUUUUUCGUAAAGAAAGAGAAAAUAGUAGAGUGGAUUAGGGAUUAUUUGGUAGACUUAGAAGAAAAGGUCGAAAAUUUAGAAAAAGUUCCGGACGAACUUAUGAAGGCUCAAAUAAGUUUUCACCGAGGACAAAGCCCCCAAGAGUUUGCCGAACUAGCAAGAACUACUCGGGAAGAAGAUAUUGAUUUAACUACUUUCAUUAAUUUUCUUAAAGAGAAAAAUAGAAGGUUAUCCGACCAAAUUCAGAUUCGUCCAACUCGGGCUAACUAUCGGCAAUUAGAACAGUCUAAAAAAGAAUUAGAAGAAGAUAAAACAGAAUUAACGAGGGAAUUAGACCUCAAUAAUAAAAACGAUGAAUUAGCCCAAAAAGACCAAGUAAUUUCUACCCAAAUUAGUGAUAACCACCAACAGCAAAAAACUAUUACUGAUUUACAAGGCCAGAUUAAUGAGUUGGAACAAAAAUUAAAAAAACAAGCAGAGCAAAUGAAAACACUGACCGAGGAAAAAGACCAACAAGAGCAGUUAUGGCAGACCGAAAAGAGCCAAUUAUUAGCCGAAAUUGCCAAAAAAGAAGAGAAUAUUUCCCUCCAACAGCACGAGCAAGAAUUAACAAAACACUUAAAAAAAAUGACCGAAGCCGCCAAAACCGAGGUAAGAAAAGUCUGCCAACAGUUAAAAAUAUUUAACCCCGAUUGGGAACACCAACUAGAAAAAGUUCGAAAUUAUCCCGAACUAAUGAAGUUAACCCAGGAAUUCUUUCAAGAAAGAUUACCACCAAGAAUCACUGCUCCAAUUACGCAAAAUAUUGCUCUAAUUCGGAUUUCUGGUCCGCAAACUUACCAAAUCAUUACUCAAAUUUGCGACCGUGCUUUACCAGAAUAUCCUCAAAAAACCCCCCAAUUAAUUUUUGGCAAGGUCAUCAAUUCACAAAAAGAGAUAAUUGACGAAGUAUUAUUUCUUUGUUUUUACCAACCCUCUUCCUUUACCGGCGAGGAUGUGGUCGAAAUAAGUUGUCAUGGCAAUUUAUUUAUUGUUAAUCAAAUAUUACAAUUAAUCCUGGAAAAAGGUGCUGAAUUAGCUCACAAAGGUGAGUUUACUAAGCAAGCUUUUUUUAAUGGUAAACUAAAUUUAAUUCAAGCCAGCACGAUAAAUGAUUUAAUCCGCACUCCUUCGUUAGAGGGAACAAAAUUGGCUCUUCACAACCUAAGUUCAGAAACCCAAAAGGAAUUAGAAAAUAUUGAAAAUGAGUUAUUGGAAAUUAUUGCUAACAUUAAAGUCAAUAUUGAUUACCCGGAAUAUGACGGAGUAGAAUAUUUAACUGGCAAGCAAGUUCUUUCACGCUUGAAUAAACUAGUAAUGAAAAUGAAAAUGAUUAAAGAGAGUGGUAAAAAAGCCCGUGUUUAUCAAGAAGGAUUAAAGGUAGCCAUAGUUGGCAAACCGAACGUGGGAAAAUCUACUCUUUUAAACACCCUACUACAAGAAGAAAAAGCCAUUGUUUCGCCGAUUGCCGGCACUACUCGCGACAUAGUUGAAGCCUCUUAUAAUUUAAACGGUAUUCCAUUAACUUUAUUAGAUACGGCCGGUAUUCAUGAGACCCAAGACACAGUGGAAAAAAUCGGACCAAAAAAUUACUUAUUUAUUAUCAAUAAAACCGAUAAACCGAGUGAAUUACAAUUACCUGACUAUAUUUCUUCGGAAAAAGUUCUGCGAAUUAGUGCCAAAAAUAAGCAGUUGAGUGAAUUAGAAACUAAAAUUAAUGAUUUAUUUGCUAGUGAUUUAAUGAAAAACCUGUCUUCUUAUCCUUAUUUAAGUCAAAAUGCUUUGUGUGGCGAUUUAGAAGUCGGUUAUAAGUUAGUAAAAGAGUUAAGCGGUAAAGAAUACAAUGAGGAUUUACUAGAUAUUAUUUUUAGUGCCGAAGAUUACGCUAAUUAUUCACAGAAAGCGGGAAAUUAA